CUCCGUGCUGCUCUACUGCAAAGUCCUGCCACCCACCUUCAGGCCGUGCAGCCAUGUUCUGGGUGCCCUGACCCAACGGAAGUCCAUGGGGCGCCCCAGACUGGCAGCCCUGCUCCUGCCUCUCCACCUGCUGCUCAUUGGCUUCUCGGCCUCUGCUGGGAUUGGCUGUCCCUGUCGGCCCCACUGGAAUAGCCGCCGUCUGCUGGCCUCCCACGUGGAUAACAGUCUGACUGAAAGAUCUGCCCCUAUUCCUUGCCAUACCCUGUUGGCCCUCCCCAUCUCCCCAAAGCCUUGGGGUGCUUGGCUCUCGUACUGUCCCUGCUGUUUGUGCCUGCACCUGGUGUCAACUCCUUCGGACCUUCAGCGGGGCUGGUUCCACCGCCUGGUGCAGAAAUCCAAAAAGUCUUACAUGUUCCAAUUCUGUAGGAGACACAGGAUGCCAGCAUCUGCUCAGAGGAAGCUGCUGAGUUGCCGUUGCCUGUCUGAGAAGGGCCAUCACAUCUUUGUCCCCUCCCCAGACAUCUCCCAGAAGGGGCUGCGCUUCAAAAGGACCCAACUUUCCGAUCCAGAGGCAGUAGAAGAUCUCCCAAGACAGGACUCACAAAGGCAUAAAGGGCCUGAGUUCUCCUUUGACUUGCUGCCUGAGGCACGGGCUAUUCGAGUGAGCAUUCCCCCAGGCCCUGAGGUCAAUGUGCGACUUUGUCACCAGUGGGCACUAGAGUGCGAAGAGUUGAGCAGUCCCUUUGAUGCCCAGAAAACCGUGUCUUGGGGCCACACUAUAGACCUGCCUUAUGAAUUCCUUCUGCCCUGUCUGUGCAUAGAGGCAUCCUACCUGCAAGAGGACACCGUGAGGCGCAAAAAAUGUCCCUUCCAGAACUGGCCUGAAGCCUAUGGCUCGGACUUUUGGAAGUCAGUGAACUUCACUGACUACAGCCAGCACAAUCAGAUGAUCAUGGCCCCGACACUCCGCUGCCCACUGAAGCUGGAGGCCUCCCUCUGCCAGAGGCAGGGCUGGCACGCCCUCUGCAAAGACCUCCCCAAUGCCACAGCUCAAGAAUCAGAGGGGUGGUAUGUUUUGGAGAAGGUGGACUUGCACCCUCAACUCUGCUUCAAGUUCUCUUUUGGAAACAGCAGCCAUGUUGAAUGUCCCCACCGGACUGCCCCAUCCUGGAAUGUGAGCAUGGACACCCAGGCCCAGCAGCUGAUCCUUCACUUCUCCGCAAGGAUGCAUGCCACCUUCAGUGCUGCCUGGAGCCAUCCAGUCUUGGGGCAGGACAGCCUGGUCCCCCCUGUGUACAGCAUCAGCCAGACUCAGGGCUCAAGCCCAGUGACACUAGACCUCAUCAUUCCCUUCCUGAGGCCAGGGGCCUGUGUCCUGGUCUGGAGGUCAGAUGUCCAGUUUGCCUGGAAGCACCUCUUGUGUCCAGAUGUUUCUAACAGACACCUGGGACUACUGAUCCUGGCACUGCUGGCCCUCGCCACCCUAUUGGGGGUUGUUCUGGCUCUCAUCCUCCGGCGCCCACUGUCAGGCCCCGGCCAACCGCAACCGGUGCUGCUUCUGCACGUGGCGGACUCGGAGGCACAGCGGCGCCUGGUGGGAGCGCUGGCUGAACUGCUGCGGGCCACGUUGGGCGGCGGGCGCGACGUGAUCGUGGACCUGUGGGAGGGGACGCGCGUCGCACGCGUGGGCCCGCUGCCGUGGCUGUGGGCGGCGCGGGCGCAGGUGAUGCGGGAGCGGGGCACCGUGCUGCUGCUGCCCUCGGCUGGGGCCGCCUGGGCGCCCGCUCGUGUCUGCGGAGUCGCCUGGAGCUGUGCCGCCGGCUGGAACGCGAGGCGGCCAAGCUUGCCCACCAAGGCUGAGGAGAGCUCCCGGGCAAUCCAGACGUCUUGGCCGCCGGCGUAG